UUCCCUUUGGCCGGGGGACGGGGCAAAGCCAAAUUCUGCCAUGCACGUACGGCACGCACAUCGAUUUUCUGCAUCUUCUCUCUGCUUCUAAAGUUGUAAGCUUUGAAGCACAAGAAAUCCAUAUUCCCCCCUUCACUUUUAGGGUUUACGUUUUUCUAAUUUUUGUUUGAGUCCCUUUAAUUUCCUUCUUGUGCAGCUGAUCCCUUUCUUUCUUUCUUUUUUCUCAAGAAAGAGGCCUUUUUGCCUUGAAUUGAAGAAGGAAUCCCCGAAAUCCUAAAAAGGAUUUCUUCUUUUCCCUAGCCUUGAUUUAGGGUUUCACUUUUUUGUUUUUGCUUGUUAAAGGGUUUAUUCUUCCUGUUUGUCUUAAAACCCCAACUCUAUUGUUUUGCAGUUUGCAUUGACCCCAAAAAAAUCACCUUCCCCCCCCCUCUUUUUAGAGUUUUUUUCCCCCAAGUUCCCUUCGAUUUGUUCUCUUUAAAGCAUGUUUUCUAACCAAAUUUCCAUAAAAAUCUAAAAUGUCAGCUUCAAGAGAAACCCAUCUGUCCAUUUUCACCUAAAAAUGCUCCUUCUUUCGACUCGUCUCAGUUCUAGUUUCUUUCAGGCCUUUUAUCAAACGCUUGAGCUGCACUUUUAGUAAAAGAGUUAUUCUUUCUUUCUUUCUUUUGUGUGUGUGUCAGUGUGUGUUUUGAAAUAAUGGGUUGUGCUAAUGGAAAGUGUUGUAGCAGAGAUUCAUCAACAUCAGAUGAGGAUUCAGGUCAUCAUCAGAGAGGAAUAAGACCUUAUAAAAACAAAGACGGUCUUACACAAAGGUCAUUGGAGUUAGUUCAUGUUCCUUCUCACAACUUCACUUUGCAGUACUCAAGCUUAACACAAAAUGGUUAUUACCCAGACACAACUGAUAGGGAAAACCAAGAUAGUUUCUGCAUCAAAACACAAAUUCAAGGUAACCCAAAUGUUCAUUUCUUUGGAGUAUUUGAUGGACAUGGUCAAUAUGGUGCUCAAUGUUCAAACUUUGUUAAGGAUAAACUUGUAGAAAUAUUAUCCAGUGACCCCACGUUAUUGGAUGAUCCUUUAAAAGCUUUUAAUUCAGCAUUUUUAGCUACGAAUUCCGAGUUACGUGAUAGUGAGAUUGAUGAUGCUCUAAGUGGUACCACAGCGAUAACUGUACUGGUUGUUGGGGAUACACUUUAUGUUGCUAAUGUGGGUGAUUCAAGGGCUGUAAUCGCUGUUAAGGAUGGGGAUCGAAUUUUGGCCGAGGAUUUAUCCGUGGAUCAGACACCAUUUAGGAAAGAUGAAUACGAUCGGGUGAAGCUUUUUGGGGCCAGGGUUCUGAGUGUUGAUCAAGUGGAAGGCCUUAAAGACCCAGAUAUUCAACAUUGGGGUGAUGAAGAAAGUCAUGGUGGCGAUCCUCCGAGGUUGUGGGUUCCGAACGGAAUGUAUCCUGGGACUGCAUUUACAAGGAGUGUAGGAGAUAGCACGGCAGAGAAGAUUGGUGUGAUUGCAGUUCCUGAGAUUUCUAUUGUUAGGUUUACACCCAGUCAUCUUUUCUUUGUUGUUGCAAGUGAUGGAGUUUUCGAGUUUCUCUCAAGCCAAACUGUUGUCAACAUGGCGGCGGCAUACAAAGAUCCCAACGAUGCUUGUGCUGCAAUUGCUGGAGACUCCUAUAAACGUUGGUUGGAGCUUGAAAAUCGAACCGAUGAUAUUACAAUCAUAAUUGUACAGAUCAAAGGCCUAUCAAAUUCGGGUGUUGGCACCACUGAUAGUGAAGUACAUUCCAGACCCUGCCAAAUUGGCGGUUCCAUGAAUCAAAGCACUGCCAUUGUUCCACCACUGAUGCAUCAGAGGCCUUUGGAAUCGGAUAUGGGUUAGCCGAAAAGAGCAAGCAGAAGUCGUUUUUGGCAUACAAGAUUCUCAUGGCGAAUGAUUUCAGCGCGCCAAGGACAUCUUGCUAAUGUAACGCAAUGAAAUUUGUCAAGGGAAAGGUACUUUAGCUCUGAUCUUGCACCUGUUAAUCCAAACAUGCGGAGAAAUCCAGCUUGAAGUUGAUUAUCACGACUCGAUGAAACGGGGGGUCGGGGGAUUAGGAAAACAUGUACUUUCUAUGUGAACUGUUUCCAGCAGUGCUGGGGUGAUAAGUGAGUGAGGCAGGGAUGAUGAUACCAUUGAUAUGGCUAACUUCCCACGAUGUAGUCUGUAAAUUUCCUGAUUGUAUUGAUACAAAAACUACAUAAUGAUAAAGCCUACAGGUUUUAUAAUCUA